AUGAAUGCUGGUAUUGAUGAAACAAACAACAGCGAACAUCGCUCAUUGUCAAAUAGUACAGCAUCAUCAUCGUCUAGUGUUCGACCAAAAGAAGAAAAAAUUUGUCUUCAUUCAGCAAGUUCUAAUGAGAAUUCUAUUUUAACACAAAACAAAAUGUAUACAGCAAGUAAUCGUACAGACGAAGAAGAUUCUUCAACAGUACCAAAUCAUACUGAAGAAAAUCCAAUGAAUAAAUCAUUUAAAAGAAAAGUUGUAUCAUUUAGUGCAAUGCCCUGUGAAAAAAAAGUUGCUGAUGUUCAUGACUGUCUUCGUUAUAUGCAAGAAGGAAGUGAUUUUCUCAAAGUUCGUUCAUAUGUUCGACAAUUUCGUCGUUUAUAUAAAUUAAAUGAUAAUUUAACAGCCAUAAGUUGGUAUCCAACAUCGAAAAAACCAUCAAAAGCAAUUAUUACAAUUGAUUCGAUAAAAGAAGUGCGUUUAGGAAAAACAACUGAACGUCUUCGCGAACAUGCACAACAAUUUGAAAAUGAAUCGAUGCUUUCGAUCAUCUAUACUGAUGGAAAUAAUGAUUGUGCUGCAUUGGAUCUAGUUGCAAGUAGUCCCGACGAAGCAAAUAUUUGGGUGACAGGCUUAUCAUGUCUUAUUGCUCGUCACGGGAGUCCUCUUACACCAGCAGAUUUUGAAGACCGACAAAAGAUGCGUGAUCGCUGGUUACGUGAUGCCUUCGCUGUUGGAUUAUCAUCUUCGGCAAGUGAAUCUGAGCAAAUUAAUCAUAAUGAAUAUCAAACACUCUCGGCGAAAAGCUCCAUCGAUGAAGAAGAAGCUGUAAGAUUACUUGGAGAUUAUGGAAUUUCUCAAGAUAAAGCUAAGAUUAGAUUACAAGAACUUCAAACAAGAAAACAUGAAGACGGACGUGGACUAUUUUCUGCUGAAGAUCUAGUUGAUGUUUUUAAAAAACUUACAACUCGACCAGAAAUCUAUCAUCUUUUAGUCAGAUAUUCUCGAAAUCAAGACUUUCUUUCAACAGAAGAUCUUACAUUAUUUCUUGAAGCUGAACAAGGCACGUCUAAAGUUACAAGUGAAAAAUGUGCAGACAUUAUUAAAAGAUUCGAACCAUCAACUGAAGCAAAACUAUUAGGACAUUUAGGUAUAGAUGGUUUUACGAAUUUUCUUCUAUCACCAGAAUGUGACAUAUUCAAUCCAACUAAUGCAUCAGUAUGCCAAGAUAUGGAUCAAUCACUCAAUCAUUAUUUUAUAGCUUCAUCUCAUAAUACAUUUCUUUUGGCUGAUCAAUUAAAAGGUCCGUCGAGUGUUGACGGAUUUAUUCAUGCUCUAAGGCAUGGCUGCCGUUGUUUGGAUCUUCAUUGUUUUGAUGGUUCCGAUGGUCAACCGUCGAUACAUAAUGGAACGUUAACGUCUCAUAUUCCUUUAAGUGAAGCACUUGAUGUUAUUAAUUCUCAUGCAUUUGAAAAAACAGACUAUCCGUUAAUCUUAUGCAUAGAAAUACAAUGUAGCAUUAGUCAACAAGAACUUGUUGCUCAAUUAUUGGUUGAAACAUUCGGUGAAAAACUUGUCCUUCAUUAUAUUUUAUUAACCAUGAAUAUUAAUAUAAAUUCAAACAAAAAUCGAUCUCUUCCAUCUCCAAAUGAUUUACGUGGAAAGAUUAUUAUUAAAAGUAAAAAACUACCACCAUGUUUUUCCAAUGAAAAUAAUAAAGAAUACGGUGAAAUUAUUGACGAUGCAGAUUGUUAUGAAGUUACUCGAAGGAGAUCUAGAAAGGAAUCAAAUAGCAAAAAACAUCGAAAAUUAUCUAGAGCAUUUUCUGAUCUUGUUUGCUUACUUCGUUCAGCACCAUUCGAAGAUUUCAAUGCUGCAUUUAAUGAACAACAACCUGAUCAGAUAUGUACGUUUAGUGAAAAUGCUGGUCUUCAUCUAGCAACGAGUGAUGCCGAAGAAUUCAUUAAUUAUAAUAAACGUUUUAUAUCACGUGUGACUCCUGGAACAUGGCGUGUUGACUCAUCAAAUCUUAAUCCGCAAGAUUUUUGGAAUGUUGGCUGUCAGAUGGUGGCAAUGAAUUAUCAAACAGCUGGAAAAUUUAUGGAUGUAUAUUUUGGUCGUUUUCUAACCAAUGGUAAUUGUGGUUAUGUUCUUAAGCCACGCUAUUUAAGAUCCGAUAAUACAGACAUAACCGCAACACCGCCAUCAAUAGUCACCGGUAGAUUAUCUACUAAUCUCUAUUCAUCUAAUACACCUCAAAUACUUCAUAUAAAAAUAAUAAGUGCUCUACAUCUUCCACGACCGGAACAAGCUGAAUUGAAAGCAAAUUCUAUCGAUCCAUAUGUUGUUGUACAAAUAUUUGGUGUACCAACAGAUUCAGAUGAAGUACGGACAAAAACUGUUUAUCACAAUUCGGAGAAUCCACAAUUUAAUGAAGCAUUUGAAUUUGAAAUCGCUUUUCCCGAACUAGCACUCGUCAGAUUUGUUGUACUUGAUGAUGAUUCACUUGAUUAUGACUUCAUUGGACAAUAUACAUUACCGUUCGAAUCUAUUCAAACAGGCUAUCGACAUGUUCAUCUUCACACUAUGAGUGGAGAACUUAUCGCCGAUGCCUACCUAUUUGUUCAUAUUGUUAUUAAUAGCAAAUGUUUGGCUGUUAAACCCCGCCGAUCAUCAUCCCGUUAUCAUUAUUCGUUAAUGCGUCGUAAAUUGAGUAUUGCGUCAUUUCGACCAGUGUAUCAUAAACAGAUCGAUGAUCUAUUUAAAUCGGCUAUUCAACCAUUAGAAGCAGCCUUCGAAUAUCGUCAUACUGUUGAACAAAGUCUUCAUGGAUUAAAUGAGAUGUGUGGUUUACCUGAUAUAUCAAAUGUUAAACAAUGUGUUCGAAAAAUAGCUACCCGAUUACAAAAAGCAAAUCUAGUUGGCGCUGUUGCUAUACGAAAUAACUCUGAUGUGCCAAUCUUUGAAUAUUCAACAACAUUGCCGGAAUUAUCUCGCCAGAGUGUUGCAGCAUUAGAACAAGUCACUAAUCAAUGCCGAGCUUUAAUAGAUAAUGGUACUGUCAUACAUAAGAAGUUAGUGAGUGUACAAACGGAAAUAUCUGAUUUAAGUAAAGAUAUUUCAAAAUUACUUGAAACAAAUGGUUUACGUGGAAAAAAAUUUACCAAAGCUAUUGAUAAUUUCUCAGGUAAUCUUGCUUUAUUGCGUGGCCAAACUGAUUUAUUGGAUAAAGCUAAAGAAGAUGCUACUAUUACAAUUCGACAGAUUCUUGAAGCUGCUGAAACAACUCAUUUGCUUCUAUCAUGA